GAGCACAGAAAUCAGUGGAGUUUACUCGAGCAAUCGGUUCAAACGACAGACAUGGCAGAAGUCGCCCCUGCAGCUCCCGCUCCGGCCAAGGCACCCAAGAAGAAGGCAGCAGCUAAGCCCAAGAAAGCGGGACCCAGCGUCAGUGAGCUGAUUGUUACGGCUGUGUCCGCCUCCAAGGAACGCAGCGGCGUGUCCCUGGCAGCGCUCAAGAAGGCUCUUUCAGCGGGGGGCUACGAUGUAGAGAAGAACAACUCCCGCGUCAAGAUCGCCGUCAGGAGUCUGGUUACGAAGGGGACCUUGGUCCAGACCAAGGGAACCGGCGCCUCAGGGUCUUUUAAGAUCAACAAGGCCGCCGAGACCAAGGCAAAGAAGCCUGUCAAGAAGGCCGUCACUCCGAAGCCCAAGAAGGUUGUCGCUAAGAAGCCCGCUGCGGCCAAGAAGCCCAAGAAGGCUGUGGCGAAAAAAACGGCACCUGCCAAGAAGUCUCCCAAGAAGGUAAAGAAGCCCGUGGCAGCAAAGAAGACUACCAAGAGCCCCAAAAAGGCCAAGAAGCCUGUGACGCCCAAGAAGGUAGCAGCCAAGAAGAGCCCGAAGAAGACAGUCAAGGCAGCCAAGCCAAAGGCGGCCAAGGCCAAGAAGGCUACACCCAAGAAGAAGUAAUUUCUUGAAUACGACUUCUACGUGGCAGUUGCAUUGCUCAGUUACACAUGCAAAAACAAAAGGCUCUUUUGAGAGCCACCAGCUCUUUCCGUUAAAGCGCAUUUGCA